UUCCAGCCUGUUCUUUUUGACUCUUCCCCGCCUCUCCCCAGGCACCUGCUCUCUCCCCUGGCACCUGCUGCCCAGUAGGAAGGGCAAGAGCAAUCCCAGGCAGUGCCUUGUGAGGAGUCUCCACCCCUCCUCCAGCGCUUCCUUCUCCCGGGCGGGCGCCUCUCAGGCCCCGCCCUCACCUGCCCAAGAUAAUUUUAGUUUCCCUGAGCCUGGAAUCUGGAUACGCAGGGUUCUCUCCAUAUUCUCCCGCCUCGACAUCCAAAGGCGUGAUACCCUCCUAACCACCUGUAGAGACGAGAGAGUGGAUCUGAGCUCAAAUCCAAGUGUUUGGGAUCCCUAGACAGAGCCUGACUUGGGGCCCGGUGUCCGGCUCCUUCUGCUGGAGCUCCUCCAGGUGCCAUGGAACUGGAUCUGAGCCCACCUCAUCUCAGCGGCUCCCCGGAAGAUGUGUGCCCAGCUCCUGGGACCCCUCCCGAGACUCCCCCGCCCCCUGAUAACCCUCCGUCAGGGGAUGUGAAGCGGUCCCAGCCUCUGCCCAUCCCAAGCAGCAGGAAACUUCGAGAAGAGGAGCUUCAGGCGACCUCUCUACCCUCCAUCCCCAACCCCUUCCCUGAGCUCUGCAGCCCCCCUUCACAGAAGCCCAUUCUUGGGGGGUCCUCCGGUGCAAGGGGGUUGCCUCCUCGAGACUGUGGCCGCCUUCACGUGGUGAAGGUCUACAGCGAGGAUGGGACCUGCCGGUCUGUGGAGGUGGCAGCGGGUGCCACCGCUCGCCAUGUGUGUGAAAUGCUGGUGCAGCGAGCUCACGCCCUGAGCGAUGAGUACUGGGGCCUGGUGGAGUGUCACCCCUAUUUAGCGCUGGAGCGGGGUGUGGAGGACCAUGAGUUCGUGGUGGAGGUGCAGGAGGCCUGGCCUGUGGGCGGAGACAGUCGCUUUGUCUUCCGCAAAAACUUCGCCAAGUAUGAACUGUUCAAGAGCCCCCCACAUACCCUGUUCCCAGAAAAGAUGGUCUCCAGCUGUCUGGAUGCACAAACAGGCGUAUCCCAUGAAGACCUCAUCCAGAACUUCCUGAAUGCCGGCAGCUUCCCCGAGAUCCAGGGCUUCCUGCAGCUCCGGGGAUCCGGCCGGGGCUCAGGCCGAAAGCUGUGGAAACGGUUCUUCUGCUUCCUGCGUCGAUCUGGUCUCUAUUACUCCACCAAGGGCACCUCCAAGGACCCGAGGCACCUACAGUAUGUGGCGGAUGUGAAUGAGUCCAAUGCGUAUGUGGUGACCCAGGGCCGCAAACUCUACGGGAUGCCCACGGAUUUCGGCUUCUGUGUCAAGCCCAACAAGCUUCGAAAUGGCCACAAGGGGCUCCACAUCUUCUGCAGUGAGGAUGAGCAGAGCCGUACCUGCUGGCUGGCUGCCUUCCGUCUCUUCAAGUAUGGGGUGCAGUUAUAUAAGAAUUACCAGCAGACUCAAUCUCGUCAAUUGCGCCUAUCCUACUUGGGGUCUCCGCCCUUGAGGAGCGUUUCAGAUAACACCCUAGUGGCCAUGGACUUCUCUGGCCAGGCUGGGCGUGUCAUUGAGAACCCCCGGGAGGCUCUGAGUGCUGCCAUGGAGGAGGCCCAGGCCUGGAGGAAGAAGACCAACCACCGUCUGAGCCUGCCCACUCCAUCCUCUGGCUCCAGUCUUAGUGCAGCCAUCCACCGUACCCAGCCCUGGUUCCACGGACGCAUUUCCCGGGAGGAGAGCCAGCGGCUAAUCGGACAGCAGGGCCUGGUGGAUGGUGUGUUCCUGGUCCGGGAGAGCCAGCGCAACCCACAGGGCUUUGUCCUUUCCUUAUGCCACCUACAGAAAGUCAAGCAUUACCUCAUUCUACCGAAACGGGGGUCGAUUGCUAGCCCCAUGGGCCGCUCCUCCACCCGGGACCUCUCCCUGACCUGCUCUCUGGCCACACCACAGAGCGAAGAUGAGGGCUGCCUCUACUUCAGCAUGGACGACGGCCAGACCCGAUUCACAGACCUGCUGCAGCUGGUGGAAUUCCACCAGCUGAACCGAGGCAUCCUGCCCUGUGUGCUACGCCACUGCUGUGCCCGUGUGGCCCUCUGAGGCCACAUGAGCCAUCAGAGCCCAUGGGGCUGCCUGCCACCCUUCCGUUCAGUGGACUUGACGCAGGUGGAGGGGAUAGUGAACGGCUGAAGCGCUCUUCCAUCCCACGUCUCUUGUUUCUUUACCUCCCUCAGGCAACAGACCAUCCCCCAACCUUGUCCAUCCCUGACGCCUGUCCUCAAGGGAGACAUUUGUGGUCCUCUCCUCAGGAGCUCCUGAGGCACUAUUCCAGUGAGGGGCAUUAUGUGAGAAGUAGGGGCAGCCCAGGUGGUCUCAAGCCCCACACUCUGUACAGACUAAGAGGCCAGUUGAUCUGCUCUGUUUUAUACUAGUGGCAAUAAAGAUUAUUUUUUGAUACA